AUGUUUACUACGUACGGACCCAAUGCUUUUCUACCCCGCGCCACAGUGCCGCACAGCGUCACUGUCGCCCUCGCCCUCGCCCUCGCCCUCGCCCCCGCCGUGCCAACAGACCCAGCUGUCGAACAAUAAACGUAUCAACACACCUCACGACCUGCGCAACCCCACCGCCUCACUCCGCACCCCAACCCUAACCCGCUGCGCCCUGGCCACCAUCCCCGUCCUCGCAAGAAUCAUCUCAUUCAACGGCCCCGCGACACCCUUCUCCGUCCCCUCAGACCCUUCCUCCCCCUCGCCAUCAGACACCUCGCUCCCGCUCCCGCUCCCAUCACUGCCCCCCGCCUCGUCAUCCGAGAAACACGAGUGCAGCACCGACGUCCUCCGGCCGCCCGGCACGCCGCCCCGCCCCCGCUCGCGGCGCAUGCGGAUCCGUAAGGGGGUGGGCGCGGGCUGGCGCGCGCUGGAGACGGGGAUGCGCAGCGGCGUCGGCGAGCGGUGGCGCGGGCUGCGGAGGGCGAGGGCGUCAUGGGUGGUGUGUUGAGCCUUGGGACGUGACGAGGGCGAGGGCGAGGGCGAUGCCGAGCGGGACGACGGCGAGGGAGCGCGGGGUGCAGGACGCAAAGGGGGGCAGGAGGACGACGGGGGAGCGCGGGGCGCGGGACGGGAGGGGGGGCAGGAGACCGUGUCGCGGGGCGCCGAGGGGUGGAGCAGGGUCGAGGGCUUGCGG